AUGGACCCGGACCCGAACCCGGCCAAGUACGGGUCGGUUUCGGGUCCCGACUUCUUGGACCCGAGACCCGGCGGGUGGACCCGAAGACCCGGACCUGAGGGCCCGGCCCGAGGACCCGUCGGGUCCACCCGGAUUUUUAAUGAAAUAAUCACCAAAAAUGCAGCGACUGGGGUUCGAACCAAGUCAUCUACAGAAACAUACACAAUGGUUGAUGAAGAGUAUUUUCAGUUCUCUUUGAAAAUUGUUGUAAAUAAAAAGCAAACAAAAGUACUGUUUGCGGAAGCCGACAACGAUUUAGCCGACGUUUUACUAAGUUUUCUAACGUUGCCGUUGGGAAAAAUUGUCGGAAUUCUGAAGAAACACUAUGGAGGAGGAGAAGCACCUCUCGAUAUUGGAAGCUUAACCACUUUAUACAACGGUGUAGCGAAUCUCGAAGACGCCAGUUUCUGGGAUGAGGGUUGUAAGGAGAUUCUUCUGAAUCCGAAAAGUUCGUCCGAAAUCGAAGCCGAGUAUCGUAAACUAAAACUUGAUAUAAGUGAAACUCAGCCCAUCGAAUGCUGCUGUGGAGAAACAAUGAAGAGAGUAGUCGAAAAGGAGUCUCGAGCUAAUGAUUGUAAGGACGGAGUUUUUACCCGAAAUUCAGAGUCUUUCAUAAUCUCUGAUGAACUUCGGAUACUUCCUAAUACGACGGGUUUCGUGCAAACCCUCAAAAGUUUCGGUAUUGCGGACACCUAUGGCGCAGAGCUAAGGAAUGUAACGUUUGGAUUCAACGAGAUUAUGGAUUUGCUCAAGGCCUCGUUACUGUCCCAUACUCCGCUGACCGAUAUCAUACUCAACAAAAACCAGAUCUACGACUACGCUCGAACAAAAUAUGAACCGGGAUUUUCACUUGAGCGGAUUGCGACGAAAGCAACUUCUAGACCCAAGAAGAUGAAUUUAAAAGUCGUUUUACAAAAAUCUACCAAUAAGUUAUUGUUUGCUCAAGCUGAGGAUGAUUUCGUAGAUUUUCUUUUUAUUUUUCUGGCCAUCCCACUAGGAGGAGUUGAGCACCUUUUGGGCAGUAACACUUGUCUUAAGAGUAUAGACAAUUUGCACCGCAGUGUAGCAGAUCUUACGGACCACAACUACCUAGCGAGUGCAGAUACGAAAAACAUACUAAUGAAUCCGGAGCUACAUCAUGGAUACAUUUCCGAAAACAUGGUUCUUCCUCUGAGUGAACAAAGGCUAUAUGCUACCUUUAAUAGUACAUGGGGUACUAUAAAGUGUUCUUCUGUCAAGUUUGUGAGAGGGCCGGGGAAAUAUGUAAAGGGACCGAGAUUGUACAAGAUUAGUGAUGAUUUGACUGUGACGCCUUUCUGUAUGGCCUCAACUCUUUCCGUUAUCGAAUCCCUUAAUAUCCCGUUAUCUGAUGUCAAAGAAAUCGAGCUUCAAAUUGGGCUGGAAGAGGGUUUAAACAUAUUGAAGGCAUCUCUUACAUCGACUUCUGCUCUAACCGAUGGCCUGAAGAUCGAUGGCAUGUUCAUGAAACAACCAAGCAAGGACACUGAUGUUAGUGGCGGCCUGAAGAUCGAUGACGUGUUCAUGAAACAACCAAGCAAGGACACUGAUGUUAGUGGCGGUCUGAAGAUCGAUGGCGUGUUCAUGAAACAACUGCUCGUAAUCGAAGACGGAGCAGUUGAUUGUGUUUUUUGGAUCUACUACUUCGACGGUCGUUGGUCGAAGACGGAGCUGUGGGUUUCAGUCUUUCCAAUCUUUAUGGAAGACAAUACGGAAAACGAGGAAGCCAUAGUAGUUCUAGUUACUCACAUAUCCGAGCAAAUGAAAUCGUUGAUGUCAAUGUAUGCUAAUGAACACCGAUACCUUUUCCCGAUUGUGUACAACCGAAGAACCAACCGGGUGACCGUUGAAACAUUGUUCGAUGAUCCCCUCAGCCACCGGAAGAAACCUCGAAAACAACUCAUGAACAACUAUUUUCGGGCAAAUGGUUUUCCGUACUUCGACACUUGCGAGCUCAUAUUUGAUGAGAAGGAAGCCGGCCCAAUUGAUUUUGGUGGAGGACAAGGAAACCAUGUCUUAGAUCCUAUACUCGUUGAUGCAGGGUACUUGUCUGAUGAUACUUCCACCGACGAGUCGUAUAACGAUGAGCAAUUUGCGUACGAUAAUUUCAUGGCCAAUCAGUUCACCAAUGAGAAUCCUUGGGAGGUUGAUUGGGACGCGGCCGCGGCUCGAUGGGACGCUCCUAACGAACCUAAUGUUGCUGUUGUCGGGGAUGAUGCCGUUCCCAAUGAAAAUGAUGGGGAGCCGGAGGAGGGUGGUGCGCUAGGGUCCGACGCUGAAUCGGAUAUCACCCAAGUUUGAAUAUCUAUGUCUGUUGUGUUGUUAAUCGAAGUUUAAGUUGGGUUAUGGAAUAUUAUUGUUUAAGACCUAUGUAAUCUAUGUUUCAUUAUUGUCU